CUACGACCGCCGCUGUGUGCUAGUGCGCACACGCGGACCCGGACGGCAGCGCCUGGCUCGCAGGGACCACAACUCCCAGGGUGCUCCGCGCCUCGCCGCCGCCGCCGCCGAGACCAAGAUGGCUGGGAGACUGGCCGCCUUCCUCAAGAACGCCUGGGCCAAGGAGCCGGUGCUGGUCGCGUCCUUCACCAUUGCGGGCCUCGCUGUAAUUCUGCCCCCUCUGAGCCCCUAUACCAAGUAUUCCAUCAUGAUCAACCAGGUCACACCCUACACCUACCCAGUGCCCGUCCGGGACGAUGGGAACAUGCCCGAUGUGCCCAGCCACCCCCAGGAUCCCCAGGGCCGCAGCUUGGAGUGGCUGAAGAAACUGUGAGCAACCUCCAUUGACAGGGAGAGACCCCUCUCCUUGGAUCCCCAAUAAAAAUGUGAAAGCCAACUGCAGAACCUGGGAGUAUGUGUAAUUACAGGU